UGGACAGAGGCCAGCCCCUGCCCCUCCCCGGGGUCUGCGCUUCUGCCAGGCCCGAAGGCCCAGAGGAUGAUCUGAGUGUCAUCCAGACUGGCUCCCUGAGGCUGCCAGCACGCGCCCCCAGCCAGCUCCAGGGGUCUCCCUCGGUGCUGCCGGCCAGGACGCCCUGGGGUCGUCGGGAGCCGAGAUGCCCUGUAUCCAAGCCCAAUAUGGGACCCCAGCGCCCAGCCCAGGACCCCGCGACCCCUCGGCAAACGACCCUCUGACCCCUGAACUCAGCAAGACCACCAUGGACCUCGCCAGCCCCGAGGCGACCCCCACCGCCCUGCCCAGCUUCAGCACCUUCAUGGACAGCUACGCCGGGGAGUUCGACACCUUCCUCUACCAGCUGCCAGGGACCGGGCAGCCGUGCUCCUCGGCCUCCUCCACGUCGUCCUCCUCCGCCACCUCCCCCGCCUCUGCUUCCUUCAAAUUCGAGGACUUCCAGGUGUAUGGCUGCUACCCCGGGGCCCUGAGCGGCCCCCUCGAGGAGACCCUGUCGUCCAGCGGCUCUGACUACUACGGCAGCCCCUGCUCAGUGCCGUCGCCGCCCACGCCCGGCUUCCAGCCGCCCCAGCUCUCCCCCUGGGACGGCUCGUUCGGCCCCUUCUCGCCCAGCCAGACUUACGAAGGCCUGCGGGCAUGGACAGAGCAGCUGCCCAAGGCUUCUGGGCUCCCCCAGCCACCGACCUUCUUUUCCUUCAGCCCCCCGGCUGGCCCCAGCCCGGGCCUGGCCCACAGCCCCCUGAAGCUGUUCCCCUCCCAGGCCCCCCAUCAGCUCGGGGAAGGAGAGGGCUAUCCCCUGCCCGCAGCUUUCCCAGGCCUGGUGCCCAGCUCUCCACACCUGGACGCCUCAAGGAUGCUAGAUGUGCCUGUGACGUCGGCCAAGGCCCGGAACGGGGCUCCGGGCAGCGGUGAAGGCCGCUGCGCCGUGUGCGGUGACAAUGCCUCGUGCCAGCACUAUGGCGUCCGCACCUGUGAGGGCUGCAAAGGCUUCUUCAAGCGCACAGUGCAGAAAAACGCCAAGUACAUCUGCCUGGCUAACAAGGACUGCCCUGUGGACAAGAGGCGGCGGAACCGCUGCCAGUUCUGCCGCUUCCAGAAGUGCCUGGCCGUGGGCAUGGUGAAGGAAGUUGUCCGGACAGACAGCCUGAAGGGGCGGCGAGGUCGGCUCCCUUCAAAGCCCAAGCAGCCCCCCGAUGCCUCCCCUGCCAAUCUCCUCACCUCCCUGGUCCGGGCACACCUGGACUCAGGGCCCAGCACUGCCAAACUGGAUUACUCCAAGUUCCAGGAGCUGGUGCUGCCCCACUUUGGGAAGGAGGACGCCGGGGACGUGCAGCAGUUCUAUGACCUGCUCUCGAGCUCCCUGGAGGUGAUCCGCAAGUGGGCCGAGAAGAUCCCCGGCUUCGCCGAGCUGUCUGCGGGCGACCAGGACCUGCUGCUGGAGUCGGCCUUCCUGGAGCUCUUCAUCCUCCGCCUGGCCUACCGGUCCAAGCCUGCCGAGGGGAAGCUCAUCUUCUGCUCAGGCCUGGUGCUGCACCGGCUGCAGUGCGCCCGCGGCUUCGGGGACUGGAUCGACAGCAUUCUGGCCUUCUCCCGGUCCCUGCACAGCUUGGUCCUCGAUGUCCCUGCCUUCGCCUGUCUCUCUGCGCUGGUCCUCAUCACAGACCGGCACGGGCUGCAGGAGCCCCGGCGGGUAGAGGAGCUGCAGAACUGCAUCGCCGGCUGCCUGAAGGAGCACGUCUCGGCCAUGGUCGGGGAGCUGCAGCCGGCCAGCUGCCUGUCCCGCCUGCUGGGCAAGCUGCCCGAGCUGCGGACCCUGUGCACCCAGGGCCUGCAGCGCAUCUUCUACCUCAAGCUGGAGGACCUGGUGCCCCCGCCGCCCAUCGUCGACAAGAUCUUCAUGGACACGCUGCCCUUCUGACCCAGCCCGGGGUCGCGUGUACCGUGUGCUCGGAUGCCACCGCACGUGCCUUUAGCCUGUGACCCCUGCGCCCGGGGCCCGCGCCAGCCUGGGCCCGAGCUGUGUCCCGACUGGCCUCCUCACUGGCUCUGGGUGGUCAGCAAGGAGUGCUGGUCCUGGGGGAGAGGGAUGUUUCGUGGGGGGCAGAGAAGGUGACCCCUACUAUUUGUCUUACCCCGGCUCGGUCCUCGCCUUCAUGUUUUUGUAAGAUAAACCGUUUUUAACACACACCGCCAUGCUGUAAA